AUGGCCGACCGAAAGAAUGCCUUCUUGACGGUGUCAAGCGAUAAUCGUGGUGCUAUUAUCACCGUGACCUCGGUCGCUUUUCUUAUUGUGGCUAUAAUAUUUGUGCUAGCCAAGUUCGGUUCAGCGAUUUACUUCAAGCAGCGAAGAUCAGCAGUGAACAUUCCGAUCUGGAUCGCUCUAAUCCUUGCCUUUGUUCAAGUCAUCAUCUUGCAAAAGGCCGUUGACCAUGGACUUGGGAAACACCAAGACCGGCUCAGUGAAGGCGAGAUUCAAUCCUGGAGCAAGUUCGCUUUCACUGGCCAUAUUCUGCAUAUCCUUGUCUUGACACUCACGAAAUUGUCGUCUAUCCUGUUGAUUUGGAAGUUGACACCAAAUAAGAGCCUCCGCCGCACCUGUGCUAUCGCCUCUGGGGUAGUUGUCGGGUGGGCGAUAUUUGCAGUGAUGAGCAUAGCUUUCCAGUGUGAAAUGCCUGAUACGUGGUUAUACUCACCAGAGCGAUGCGCCGGAGAGGGAGCUUUAUUCUACCCGAUCGCAAUCUUCAACAUCCUCACAGAGAUUGCAAUUCUUGUCCUGCCUUUCAUUAUGAUGCGCAAUGUGCAGAUGGCCUGUCACAAGCGGAUCAAGAUCCUGUCCUCCUUUACUUCACGCAUAAGUAUCGUCGUCCUUGGUAUCGCUCAUCUAGCCCUCCUACCUUCAUUCGUCCACUCAAACGAUGUCUCUUGGUCAACUGUCGACUGGGAAAUAGUCGGCCAGACAAUGAUGCUUACAUCCAUCAUAAUUGCCUGUAUCCCAACUCUCUACCACAUAUUCGCCGGCCUACACUCUGGUCUGACCACGACGGAGAUCCCCGACGCAAUCGGCCUCGAGGGCCCGCGGACAAAAGGUAGCGCAUAUAUGAAUCAAUCUUGGUCCGGGGCAAGCCAAUCACAAUCUCAAUCACGGUCGCGGUCACGGUCGCAUGGAAGGCCGAGGAAAAAUGGCCGGUCAAUGUUUGAUGGGUGGGAGACACUCCGAUUCGAGCGAGGCACAGAGAGCACGAGACAUUUGACACACGAUCAUCCUGGAAGGGGGGCGGUGUUGAGAACGGUGGAUGUUACGGUGGAGAUUGAAGAGCAAGAUCAGUACCAUCGGGACCAACUUUGA